GAGCGACGGACAGAUUUCUUCUGACUAUAUUACUCUUCUGACUUCGAUCUUCCUCUUUCCUGCAUAGAGACAAAAAUAAUGGCUGAAGAUAUAAAUAUUUUCGCAGACGAAGAAGGCGAUGUCUGCCGAGUUUGUAGAUUAGGUGAAGAGCCAGAUAACCCUCUAGUGUAUCCAUGUAAAUGUUCUGGAUCUGUUAGAUUUGUCCAUCCAGACUGUUUGAAGCAAUGGGUGGCACAGUCACAAAAAAAGCAUUGUGAAAUAUGUGGUCACAAAUACACCUUCACAAAAGUUUAUCCAAAAGAAUUACCCACUGUGAUCCCGACAACAGUGUAUCUACGACAAGGUCUUUUGUUCCUUCGGCGGCAGAUCCUCUGGUUCCUAAGGGCAUGGCUAGUCGUCAUCGUUUGGCUAGUUAUCCUUCCUGCAUGGAAUAUUGGUGCUCUCUUCUUCAUGUCUCUACUAUCAGAUCUGAUAGGCCUGAAAGCACCACCUAGCGAAGAAACAAUAGAUUCAACUACCAACGCCACCAUUAUUGAAUCCGCCGUCGCCUCCAACGCAACUACCUACACGCCGAGUUUUGUUUCUUUCCCUUCCUUUAUUGCCAGCCCCUUCCUCUACGCCAAUAACGUCGUCAGAUCUUCGUUCCAGAAAUGGUUGCAAGGCGAGGAAAACACGGCUGUCGGAUUUGUGCUUCGUGGCCAAAUCCUCUCGCUCUCUAUGGCUGCUGUCCUUAUUGGCCUGGUUCUUCUGAGAGAAUGGGUCCAUCAGCAUAACUGGCAAGAAGCUGAACAGCCACCCAGGCAUAUUGAACCUGAACCCAAUCCAGACGAAUGGUUCAUUCUCCACGGUGUGGCUAGACGGCAAGCUGACGUCAUUGCCCGUGUUUUGGAAGCUACUCGAACCAGAGCUCCAUUAUCACUCCGGACUGCUAGACAUGACUUGCCCCCCGCUGACGUUCCUGGCGAAGCGUUGGGUGAUGAGGCAGGAAACGACGAUAACGAUGCUGGCAACGACGCUUCCGAGAGGCUAAUGAUUGGGGCAGGGCAAGAAUUGAAUGAAGAGUGGUGGGCGAGGCAAAGAACAUGGGCAGAAGGAUUGCCGGCAGAGCACAGAGGAACUUUCCACGAGAUUCUGACCAGUCUACAGGCAACUGCCAAUGCGGCACAAAAGGCUGAAUUGGAAGGGCAGAACCGAGACGUUCCUCCUGCGCAAAUUCUAACCGACAACCCUCUUUUCCGUAAACCCGGUAUGCCUAUAGCCGACAUUCCCAAGCAAGACCUUGAAAACUUACAAGCCGGCUCUCAAAUCCACAUUCUCCCAUCUCAACAAGGAAUCCCUCCCAGAAGCUGGGUCGAAGCUCCCCAAGAAAAGCAAGGACAGGCAGAGAUCGGCAAUGAUCAUCCGGAUAACGAAGAAUCCGGCAGCGCUAGUUCUGAAGCGUCUAAGCAAGGGGAAUCCAUGGCCUUUGACGCUCUGGCCGAAUACCGUCGUUUCCAUGCCUUGCGAGAGCAACAACAAGCUGAUGUCGCCCUUGAUUCUGCCGACGACGAUGACGACGAAGGUCAGGGCCGAGCGGGACCUUCAAGGCCAGCAUGGAGCAGGAGAGCGACAGCCAUUGAUGAUGAAGAGAGGGAAGAACGUGAUCGAGUGGCAUACAGUGCUCCAGAGUUAUUGAAGGAGGAUGAAGUUGAGGACAAGGCAAAUGGAAAGGGAAACGCGAAGGGAAAGGCUCCUGCAACCGAUGAGAACGUUGAAGAUAAAGAGGAGGGAACAGCAUUUGGGAGGACUGAAGCCCCUUGGAAACCUCUCUUCGACCCUCCCCAAUCUGAUGACGACAGCCCUCAGCCUAAGACUGACGAAGAAGAUGGUGAUGAAGGUGACAAUGACGGCGACGGUGAAUGGGAAGACGAACCUGACGCCCGACCAAACCCGUUCAACUUUGAUCUUAAUAAUUUGCAGGCACCCGUCGCCAAUGGGGUUGUGCUUGCCCCCGUGCAUGAUCAACAAAAUAUCAACGCUCUCGGGAACUUCAAUCUCGCUGCCUUCAACGAUCUUCCCCCUGCCUUCGCCAAUGUACCGGAGGGCAGAAUUCGGCUUGUACAACCUGAGGAGCUUGGCCUCCCUCGUGCUAAUGUUGGAGCCAAUGUCGAAUUCGUAGAGGAAGAAGAAGACCAAUGGGACCCGGAUGAUUGGAAUGGUGUUUUAGAAGUUGUCGGACUUAUCGGUCCUAUUCAUGGUCUUUUCCAGAAUCUCAUUUUUGCGCUCUUUAUCAUGGGUUUCGGUAUUAUCCUUAUUCUCGGUGUUCCGAUGCUCAUCGGCAAACUCUUCCUUUCUUUCGAUUUUUUCCGCACCGCUCUCGGUGUCUCCUCGAAGAUCCUUACUAUUAUCAGAAAAGUGACCGACCCUGUGGUCGACAUUGUGUUCGAAAUUGUCAAAGACGUCGUCGUGUUGCCAUUGAUGGCUUCUGGUAGGGCUGCUGAGAAGAUUGUCGCAAAGAAGCUGGGUCUGGAAGUAGGUUAUCGACUUGGGUCUUCGAGCGGAGGGUUUAGUCGCCUCACCGCCGGUCAAAGCGCUUCUCGACUCUCUCCAAUUUUGGAAAAGGCUGGUGACUACAUUGCCACCUUUGGGCAAUUCUGUUACGACUCGUACAACAGUAUCCUUACCUUCGAGCACCAUAUUGCUACCUCCACUUCAUUCUCGGGCCGCGCUGCUUGUGUCGCUACUGGGUACGCUUUUGUUGCUAGCCUCGUCACUCUCACCGCUAUCGCCGGCAAGGCCCGUCUCACCCGUACCGCAACCGAAUUUGCCGAAACAUUGGAUCAGCACUCCAACUUUGUCAAAGUUGCCUUUUUCAUGACUCUCGAACUUGUGGCGUUCCCCCUUUGUGUUGGUGGCAUGAUUGACCUUUGCCUCGUUCCUCUUUUUCCGGGUGCAACCAUCUUGUCUAGAUGGGAAAACCUAGUGUGCUCACCUUUUGGAACCGCAUUUAUUGACUGGUUGCUGGGAUCGAUGUUCAUGUUUUCGUUUUCGACACUGUUAGGCCAGGUGCGAAAGGUGACCAGACCUGGCACUAUGUUCUUUGUGAGAGAUCCGGGAGAUCCCAACUUUUCUCCUGUCAAGGACAUCGUAGAUAAGACAACUUUGCAUCAACUCAGGAAGCUCGGUUCAUCUGCCAUCAUGUACAGUGCGGUGGUGUUCAGUCUCUUUGGUGUAGUUUCUUGGGGACUGGCCUAUGUCCCUGGAGGUUUUUUACCUCUCAAGGUGGAGCCGACUUUCGGUCCGAUCACAUCAAUCCCCUUUGACCUUCUCUUCCUUCAUCUCGCCAUACCGCCUACUAUCGACCUGGUCCGUCCUCAAUCCCGUGCUCGCCGAUUAUUCACCCAGUGGUGGCGAGCUGUUACCACCCGCUAUCGUCUCACCAACCUCGUCGCCCCCGUUCCCAACGAGAACGAACGUUCUGAAGCUCCGACCAAGCUUGAAAAUGCCCUAUGGCCCAUCUGCGAUUGGAUCUGCCAAAAGCUGUUUGGCAAAUAUAGGACUGAAGCGACAGACGCGCGCGUCCCCGCCAGUGAUUCCGUGGUACUCAUGCCUAUUGAACAACGACGUAAGGAGGGCGGUGUCUUUGUCCCUCUUGAUGGGUCUGGUAUUCCUUACAACCGCGCCGAUAAGCUUCGUCUUCUCAAACAGGACAAGAUUGCCCGGGAAGCUGGAAGAUUACCGACAAGUGACUACACAGUUGUCUGGCUGCCCAAGUAUUGGAGGACUAGGAUACAUAUGUUCGUUGCUAGUGCAUUGGCGAGCAUGUCGAUUGUGAUUGCCUUGGCAGCUUUCACGCCCGUGGCUGUAGGCCGUAUGAUGUGGAAGACGUUGGGGAUGGACGUGCAUGAUGGAUACAGCUGGUUUGCGGGAGCAUACAUCCUCUACUUUUCUCUUACCCUCGGUCGCCGCGCACGCAAGCACAUUACCAACUUCAACCGCGCCGAGCGUCUUCGUGCAUCCAUCUUCUCCAAGCGAGUCAAGCGCGGCGUUCUUCGAUGGAUUGCCGGAACAUACGGUGUUAUUACCUUCUACGCAGUUGUCCCCGCUUUGGUCGGAAUGGUUAUUGAUGUCUAUCUGGGUGGUCUCUGGUCGGAUAGGAACAAUGUGGGGAGAGUCAUCCAUGUUUGGGACGCUUGGGCUAUGGGCACUGCAUUCUGUUCGGUCAUCGUUGGUGUUAUAGGUUUGUUACCUCGAGCACGCCGUACAGGCCUUCAUACCGUUUGCGAGCGUUUCCGAGAGCCGGCAGCCAAGGACUUCAAAUCUACUACCCGACUCGCACGCCUUGUUCUCGUUCCAAGCGUGAUUCUCCUUGUUGCUCCGCAUGUGGUCGGAACAACAUUGGUCGAGCUGCUGCCUGAAAGCGCCAAUCAGGAGGAAAACAAUGCGAUCUUAUUCCGAUCCGUCGUUCUUCCGCUCAUGCUCAUUCUCUCUGUUGCCUAUGCUACAUCUCGGUACUUGGAAGCUGAAGCUUCUGUCAUCAGACAAAAAGUUAUUGAAGCGGAAUAUGUUGUGGAGGAACGAGUUGAGAAUUAUGUGCCGCCGGCAAAUGAUGGUGGACAGAGUGGGAAGUUAGGGUCGGGUGGUGCCGGCCCUGGAUCGAUAGGUGACAAUGCCGAGAAAGUUGCGGUAAUUGGUGAAGGUGACGAUGAUUGGGAGGAUAUGUAAGGGGUUUUUGCAUAUGGAUGUUGAAGUGUAAGAGUAGAUUCGGUCAUUCCAUGUAUCGCUGUC